CAGCAACAACCCACCCUCAUUUUCCCCACUAAACAAUCCAACCCUCCCGCCCACAAUGCACUCAGCAGUCGUUCGAGUGCAGAAUGUCUUCGGUUUCUUCACCACGGUAGCGUUUUGCGUUGCGGCGGUUAUUGCGCUGUCGACUUUCAUUCAUCCCCAGACGCCGAGCGCGAGUGUUAGGCUGAGGAAUGUGCAGGUUGUGAGAGGAAGACCGCAUUAUUACAGUUAUAAGAAGGAGGAGUAUGCCCAUAUCAAGUUUGAUCUGGAUACCGAUCUCUCGACCCUCUUCAACUGGAACACCAAACAAGUUUUCCUAUACCUCAAAGCCAUCUACCCAUCUACCAAACCCGACACCCCCCCCUCGGAAGCCAUAAUCUGGGACGCCAUCCUCGCCUCCGACUCCGCGCCGUGGCACCAAAACCAUUACAUCCACCCUAACCCCAAAGCAAAGGCCACAUCAAAAGGGAAGCCUAAAGGCAAGGGCAAGGGCAAAUCCCAACCCGUCGUCCCAGAAUCCCCCCACCCCCGCGGCGAACUCCACCUCGCGAACCAAAAGCCCAAAUACCAGAUCACGGAUAUUUCAGGCCAGCUGCAGAACCGCACGGAUGUGGUGCUGGAGCUGGGGUGGAAUGUGCAGCCAUGGGUGGGUGCGUUGGUGUGGGCAAACAAGCUGGAUAUGGGCAUGUGGAAGGGGCUGAAGGGGGGGAUGAGUGAGAGGUUUGGGUUCCCCGAGAUUGGAAAGGUGAGGAGGGGUGAGGAUUUGGGGACGGAGAAGGGGAAGGAGGGACAUAGACUCGAGGUUGGGGGUGAGCAGCCUAGAAAAGCGUGAUAAGGGGAGAGGAGGAGGGAGAGGAGGUGUGGGGAUGCUAGGGACGAUGGGGAUUUCUUCUAUGAUAGGAAAAUUUGGUUUGGGAGGGGGGUUUAUGGGCAUGGCGUAUAGGGUUUUCUGAGAGACGGACUCGGACAUGCGAAUUGAUAUGAAUCCCCGAGAAUUCCCGUCCUUCCGUCCUACCAAACGAGACAUUCUCAGUGUAAAGCAACCAGCUCCGUCCACCACACGCGAGUAAAUGAAUACUCGCGAGGCAAGAUUGGCUUCCCAUUUAUAAUCAUCAGCAAUCAACCCUAGCCUUCUCAUUGCACAACCACAUCUUCCCACAUCACCAUCACCAC